ACGCACCUGUCGGGCUCCCUUCUCCUGCUGUUUCUCUUCCCCUUCCGUGGCUCGGGGCCGGUCUGGUCCGGAACCCACAGCCCCUUUUUCACAGUGCCUGUUCGCCCGCGGCCAGGAAUUGGGCUGCGUAAUGAGGGAGGAGGGUGUGGUGGGUUGAAAGGCAUUCUACUUCAUUUCCGAGUUGGAGCGUGGAUUCAGUGUUAGUCUUUAAGAGGGAAGUGAGGUUGGAGAUUUUUAUUUUUUAAUUUUGGGUGGAAGCAGUUGACUUUAGGGCCCUCCAAAGGAAGCGGAUUUAACUUAAUGCUGCUCCCGUGUUUGAAGGAGGACAAAAAAGGUCCCACCUGGCAAAAUUUCCCUAACCUCUUUAGUAGAAAACCCAAGGUAUCUUUUAAAUUGCAGUAGUUUUUGUUGUGUCAAGCUUUCUUCAGGUGGAGCUCCCACGGUAGCUAGGUUUUUAGGUUUGAAACAGAUGCAGAAUCCAAAGGCAGCGCAAAAAACAGCCACCGAUUUUGCUAUGCCUCUGAGCUGCAAGAUAGUCAGACAGCUAAAUGGAGUCUGAGCAGCUGUUCCAUAGAGGAUACUAUAGAAACAGCUACAACAGUAUAACAAGUGCAAGUAGUGAUGAGGAGCUUUUAGAUGGAGCAGGUGUUAUUAUGGACUUUCAGACUUCUGAAGAUGACAAUUUGUUAGAUGGUGACACAGCAGUUGUUUUGGAGGCUGGGAAGUCCAAGAGCAAGACACUGGCCGACUCAGGGUCUGGAACUCAUUAUACAAUGACUAAUGGAGGCAGCAUUAACAGUUCUACACACUUACUGGAUCUUUUGGAUGAACCAAUUCCAGGUGUUGGUACAUACGAUGAUUUCCAUACUAUUGAUUGGGUGCGAGAGAAAUGUAAAGACAGAGAAAGGCAUAGACGGAUCAACAGCAAAAAGAAAGAAUCAGCAUGGGAAAUGACAAAAAGCUUAUAUGAUGCAUGGUCAGGAUGGCUAGUAGUAACACUAACAGGAUUGGCAUCAGGGGCAUUGGCUGGAUUAAUAGACAUUGCUGCUGACUGGAUGACUGAUCUAAAGGAGGGCAUUUGCCUUAGUGCAUUGUGGUACAACCAUGAACAGUGUUGUUGGGGAUCUAAUGAAACAACAUUUGAAGAGAGGGAUAAAUGUCCACAGUGGAAAACAUGGGCAGAACUAAUCAUAGGUCAAGCGGAAGGUCCUGGUUCUUACAUCAUGAAUUACAUAAUGUACAUCUUCUGGGCCUUGAGUUUUGCCUUUCUUGCCGUUUCCCUGGUAAAAGUAUUUGCUCCAUAUGCCUGUGGCUCUGGAAUUCCAGAGAUUAAAACUAUUUUAAGUGGAUUCAUCAUCAGAGGUUACUUGGGAAAAUGGACUUUAAUGAUUAAAACCAUCACAUUAGUACUGGCUGUGGCAUCCGGUUUGAGUUUAGGAAAAGAAGGUCCUCUAGUACAUGUUGCCUGUUGCUGUGGAAAUAUUUUUUCCUACCUCUUUCCAAAGUAUAGCACAAAUGAAGCUAAAAAAAGGGAGGUGCUAUCAGCUGCCUCAGCUGCAGGGGUUUCUGUAGCUUUUGGUGCACCAAUUGGAGGAGUUCUUUUUAGCCUGGAAGAGGUUAGCUAUUACUUUCCUCUUAAAACUUUAUGGAGAUCAUUUUUUGCUGCUUUAGUGGCUGCAUUUGUUUUGAGAUCCAUCAAUCCAUUUGGUAACAGCCGUCUGGUCCUUUUUUAUGUGGAGUAUCACACACCAUGGUACCUUUUUGAACUGUUCCCUUUUAUUCUCCUCGGGGUAUUUGGAGGGCUUUGGGGAGCCUUUUUCAUUAGGGCAAAUAUUGCCUGGUGUCGUCGCCGCAAAUCCACCAGAUUCGGAAAGUAUCCUGUUCUUGAAGUCAUUGUUGUUGCUGCCAUUACUGCGGUGAUAGCCUUCCCUAAUCCGUAUACCAGGCUCAACACCAGUGAGCUGAUCAAAGAGCUUUUUACAGACUGUGGUCCUCUGGAAUCCUCUUCUCUUUGUGACUACAGAAAUGACAUGAAUGCCAGUAAGAUUGUUGAUGAUAUUCCUGAUCGUCCAGCAGGCCUUGGAGUAUAUUCAGCUAUAUGGCAGUUAUGCUUAGCACUCAUAUUUAAAAUUAUCAUGACAGUAUUCACUUUUGGUAUCAAGGUUCCAUCAGGCUUGUUCAUUCCCAGCAUGGCCAUUGGAGCGAUUGCCGGAAGGAUUGUGGGGAUUGCAGUAGAACAGCUCGCGUAUUAUCACCACGACUGGUUUAUCUUUAAGGAGUGGUGUGAGGUUGGAGCUGAUUGCAUUACACCUGGCCUUUAUGCCAUGGUUGGUGCUGCUGCAUGCUUAGGUGGUGUGACAAGGAUGACUGUCUCCCUGGUGGUUAUCGUUUUUGAGCUUACCGGAGGCUUGGAAUACAUUGUUCCCCUUAUGGCUGCAGUUAUGACCAGUAAAUGGGUUGGCGAUGCUUUUGGUAGGGAAGGCAUUUAUGAAGCUCACAUCCGGUUAAAUGGAUACCCUUUCUUGGAUGCAAAAGAAGAAUUCACUCAUACCACCCUGGCUGCUGAUGUCAUGAGACCUCGAAGGAACGAUCCUCCCUUAGCCGUCCUGACACAGGACAAUAUGACAGUGGAUGAUAUAGAAAACAUGAUUAAUGAAACCAGCUACAAUGGCUUUCCUGUCAUAAUGUCAAAAGAAUCUCAAAGAUUGGUGGGAUUUGCCCUCAGAAGAGACCUGACAAUUGCAAUAGAAAGUGCCAGAAAAAAACAAGAAGGUAUUGUGGGCAGUUCUCGUGUGUGUUUUGCACAGCACACCCCAUCUCUUCCCGCGGAAAGCCCUCGGCCACUGAAGCUUCGGAGCAUCCUUGACAUGAGCCCUUUUACCGUGACCGAUCACACCCCGAUGGAAAUUGUGGUGGAUAUUUUCCGAAAGCUGGGUCUGAGGCAGUGCCUUGUAACUCACAAUGGGAUUGUCUUGGGGAUCAUCACAAAGAAGAACAUAUUAGAGCAUCUCGAGCAACUAAAGCAGCACGUCGAACCCUUGGCGCCUCCUUGGCAUUAUAACAAAAAAAGAUAUCCUCCGUCAUAUGGCCCAGACGGCAAACCAAGACCCCGCUUCAAUAAUGUUCAACUGAAUCCUAUAGAUGAGGAGAGAGAGGAAACAGAAGAGGAAGUUCAUUUGUUGAAUAGCACAACUCUUUAACCCGAGGGAGUCGUCUACUUUUAUUUCUCCUUUAAAAAAAGAAAGACAAGAAAUCUAAAAGCCAGGCUUUUGCAACACGGUUUGCAAAUACGGCUGGUGGAAUGGAGGAAUUGUUUGGGGAGGGAAAGGAGCGAGAAGGAAGUGAGUGAGGUAUUUCCCCUUCUAACUGAGAGCAGCAAAUCGUCUCCUGUUGUUCUGCACUGGAUGCAUUCAGCUGAGGAUGUGCGUGGUAGUGCAGGCGGGAGCAUCAGCGGAGAGGGCGCCGCGGCCGUGGAGUCCUCGGACCAGCUGGAGCACCUGGCCUGUUUCUCCAGCAUCGCAGCAAUAGCAGUCCCUGUUUCUGGAGGAAUUACUUUGAAUUGAGCCAUCUAUAAGACAGCAAGGUCUUGCCCUUUUGUAUCAAAACUGUUCUGUUUAAUUCACGAAUGAUAUAGUUAAGCAUUAUCUUUCUACAUUCCAGAAGAGCGUUUCUUUUUCUUUCUCCCUCCCUCUCUCUCUCUCUCUUUCUCUCUUGAGCUGUGGCAAAGCCUCUUUAAACUGGUGUACCCUUUUGAAACAGUCCUUUCUCAUAUUGAGAUGUACUGUGAUUUUACCGAAGUUUCAUCACAAGAAGGGAGUGUUUCUUGUGCCAUUAGCCAUGCAGUUGGUACCAUCACUAAAUGCUUGGAGCGGUCACAUGCACCACAACAAAGGCCAAUCAAAUGGGUAAAAUCUCGAAGGAAGCGUGAAGGAAAUCUCUCAGCUUGUGUGCAUUGUGGUUCAGAAUCAACAACAAUGAACCUUGACUUGUAAGGAUAAACAGUUUUCUUUUUGUUUUUUUCCUCUCAGACUUUAUGGAUAAUGUGACCUGGUCUUAUGCAAAUUUUCUAUUCUAUUCUAAAACUACUAUAAUAGACAAGUACUGUUCAGCAUAAGGAAACAAAAUGCUGCUGCUUUGACAGUAAAGAGAAGGAAGUAUUCUGUUUAGCUGUAUCUGGUAUUAAUUGCAUGUUUAAACACUGGAAUUUUUUUUCUUGAAAUUAGAUCAGUCAUUUUUUUUUCUUUCCUCAAGAUAUUUUAUUGCUGACACUGAAGAAGAAAUGUAAUUCAUAACUUGCACUAAAUGUAUAUUUCUUUUCUUAAAAAUUUACCAUUCUUAUUUAUAUUUUUAUGGAUUAAAAUUUAUAAAAUACA